AUGAGCCGCGCUGCGUUUGCGGCCCACGGCGUGCUCCGGAGCCCCGGGGCUUUUCCUCCCCGACUUUGCGCCGCGCUGCGGAAGGAGGCGCUGGCUCUCUUGGAGAAGGUCCAGGGAGUGAGCCCUUUCGCGCUGUCGCACCAACUUCGGCGUUGGCUCACUGAUCCCAUCCGCGCCCCCGCGGCCCGCCACAUCCUUCGAGCUCCGUUGACACCACCGGUGUCUGAGGCCCUGCAACACCUGGUCCCUGUGGCGCAGCAGCUGGGCCUGCGUGAGGAUGCAAGGCUCGUGGAGCUAAACUACACAGUGAGCCUCCCCGGCGCGCCCUCACAGGAGAUGCACAGCGACAUCUCACCCAUGAAUGAGACGCAGCGUGUCGUCACCUUUUGGGCAGCAGUCCAAGCUGUUCACGCAAGCAUGGGCCCCACGGAGAUAUGGCCGGGCUCACACCAAGUGGCGCGGACCUUCAUAGGCAGCCUUCCACCAGCGCUGCAGCGGCAGCGGAAGGUCCCGGAGUACAUGUACGUGGACGGCGAGUAUCAGGCCGUGUCGCCGUCUGGCGAGCCCAUCACUGAGGAGCAGCUCGAAGAAGAAAGGCAGGCCUCGGCCGAGGCGGCCGCCGAGCUCAAACGCCGAGUCCGUGCGGGGCAUCUCGAGGCCAUGACGUCGGCUUGUGGCGAUGUGGUUGCCAUGGACUGCCGGGUAUUCCACCGCGGCAGCGCCAACUCCUCCUCGGAAGCACGGGUGCUCUUCAAUGCUUCCUUUCAGGAGGCGCCGCGCUGUGUAGGGUUUAGGGUUUAG